UGCAGUGACCACUGUCCCAACCCCCACGCUGACCCCCUCCCCGACCCCAGCCCCGGCCGCGGUCCCGGACGUGUUCUGGGCCAGCCUGCUCCGUGCCCAGCUGUGUGUCCAGGAGCUCCAGGGGGCCAUCGAGGGACAGACGGACACUGGGCACCACCAUGGGCACCAGCACCAGCAUGGGGCUGGGAGCGUCUCCCAGGAGCUCCAAGGCCCAGGAUCCACGUUUGAGGAGAUCUUCCAGGUGUGCAUGGAUGAGUCCAUCCCACCCAAAUCCAUGGCCAAGGAUGAGAACAUCUCGCCCAAAUCCGUGGCUGCGUUGGAGAACAUCUUCCAGGUGUCCACAGAUGGUUCCAUCCCACCCAAAUCCAUGACCAUGGAUGGGAGCGCCUCCCAGGAGCUCCAAAGCCAUGGAUCCACGUCUGAGGAGCUCUUCCAGGUGUGCAUGGAUGAGUCCAUCCCACCCAAAUCCAUGGCUGAGGAUGAGAAUGUUCUCCAGGUGUCUGUAGAUGGUUCCACCCCACCCAAAUCCAUGUCCACGUUAGAGAGCAUCUUCCAGGUGUCCACAGAUGGUUCCAAAUCCAUGACCGUGGGUGGGAGCGUCUCCCAGGAGCUCCAAGGCCCUGGAUCCACGUCUGAGGAGAUCUUCCAGGCGUCCACAGAUGGUUCCAUCCCAUCCAAGUCCAUGCCCAUGGAUGAGAACAUCUUCCAGGUGUCUGCAGAGGGAUCCAUCCCACCCAAAUCCACGGCCAUGGAUGGGAACAUCCCACCCAAAUCCAUGAACAUGGAUGGGAGCAUUUUCCAGGAGCUCCAAGGCCAUGGAUCCAUGCUUGAGGAGCUCUUCCGGGUGUCCAUGGGUGUGGACAUCCCACCCAAACCCAUGGGUGUGGACAUCCCACCCAAACCCAUGGCCAAGGAUGAGAAUGUUCUCCAGGUGUCUACAGAUGGUUCCAUCCCACCCAAAUCCAUGACCGUGGAUGGGAGCAUCUCCCAGGAGCUCCGAGGCCAUGGAUCCACGUUUGAGGACAUCCUCAGCAUGUCCAUGGGUGUGGACUUCCCACCCAAAUCCAUGCCCAUGGAUGAGGACGUCAUUUCCACGGUGCCUACAGACGGUUCCAUCCCACCCAAAUCCAUGACCGUGGGUGGGAGCAUCUCCCAGGAGCUCCAAAGCCGUGGAUCCACGUUUGAGGAGAUCCUCCAGGCGUCCAUGGAUGAGUCCAUCCCACCCCAGGCCGUUCCCGUGGACCAAAGCUUCGAGUUCCUCUUCGGGAGCAUCACGUCCAUGGCUGGGGACACCUCCCGUGGCCAGGUGACAACGGACGGGGCCACCCCAGCCAGUCUGGUGGCCACGGAUGGGACCGACCCGUCCGAGUGCUGGGACAGGAACGUCUCACCCAACGUCACCAGCGUGGGUGGGGACAUCUCCCACACGUCCGUGGGUGGGGACAUCGCAUCCCAGACCGUGACCAGGGAUGGAGACACCUCACCCAAAUUCGUCACCACACACGGGACCUUCUCUGCAGAGCACCUGGCCAUGGGUUUGGCCAUCUUGUCCCAGAACAUGGCCUUGGACGUGGCCAGCUUGUCCAAGACUGUGACCACGGGAGGUCCCAUCUCCCCCAGACCCAUGACCACGGGAGGUCCCAUCUCCCCCAGACCCAUGACCACGGGAGGUCCCAUCUCCCCCAGACUCAUGACCAUGGGUGGUCCCAUCUCCCCCAAGCCCCAAGCCCCCAAACUCAGCCAGGAGGAAGAGGAAGGUGACGACGAUGAUGACGACCACCACGCCAACGAUGACCGUGAUGACCACAAUGACCAUGAUGACCACAAUGACCACCAUAACCUAGUUGACCACCAUGACCUCAAUGACCACCAUGACCUCGAUGACCACAAUGACCUCGAUGAUCACCAUGAUGACAACAAUGACUUCAAGGACCACCAUGACCUCGAUGACCAUGAUGACCACCAUGACCUCAAUGACCACAAUGACCAUGAUGACCACCAUGACCUCAAUGACCACAAUGACCAUGAUGACCACCAUGACCUCAAUGACCACAAUGACCAUGAUGACCACCAUGACCUCAAUGACCACAAUGACCAUGAUGACCACCAUGACCUCAAUGACCACAAUGACCAUGAUGACCACCAUGACCUCAAUGACCACAAUGACCAUGAUGACCACCAUGACCUCAAUGACCACCAUGACCAUGAUGACCACCAUGACCAUGAUGACUACAAUGACCUAGAUGACCACCAUGACCUCAAUGACCACCAUGACCAAACCCAUGGCCAAGGAUGA